AUGUCUCCAGACAACAUUCUUCAAGCGGCGGUGGUUUUUGACGGGCCUCGGAGGAUAACCGUACUCAACAGUACUUGGCCAGAUGGUAUGUGGGUUGAUGUAGAAGGAAGAGUUGGAGUCGAUGCCGGAGUAAUUAUUGGAGUCAACGAAGAUCCGACUGGAGAAUCUUUCUUUAAGAGUCUUUGGAAGUCGUUUGGCCGAUGGGGAAUCAGCAAACUUCGCCAAGUCUCUGUCAAGACCUCUACAAUUGAUAUCAGAUCUCAGCAGGACCUAUCAUUGGUUCUUGCUUCAUUAGAUAUCCCUCCUUUAGAGCUUCCUCUUUCAACAAAUCCACCCGCCAAUCUGGACUGGUUAACGUCUAUCUCUACACCCCUUCUAAUCCGUCCCACACAUAAUACGACCGCGCUCAUGCGUUUUGUGCGCGAAUCAUGGAGCUUGGGUGCGAUCAGUGUUCGAGCAGAUGCCGCAAAGCUUGACGUCCAAGGAGGCUCUUUACGCUCAAGUUCUUGGAGAAAUGUAGUUCAUCGAGUUAUUUCCAACCUGAAGACUUCAAUACGUGUUCGAAUACCUUCCCUACCGGGAUUACCCCAUCCGGGGCGAAACACCCCUUUUCCUUCCAUCUCAGAGCUUAUUACGCUGUGCACCUUCAACCUAUCUACAUCAGCAGACAAUUUACUCAUAGAGGCAGCUGCAACGGUUAUUGACCCGGCCCCUCUUAAUUUCGAUCUCAAUGCACCAUCUUUACCAUUUAUCGUCUCUCUUCCAUCUGAAUCAUUUACACCUGCGCACGUUGCGUCGGUCAAAACGAAACCUUUCAGUCUAACACAUCCAAAUAUCACGCUGGAUAUCUUUGGUCAUGUUCUUCCUUUGUCGGAAGAUACCCUUCCUCUUCUUUCGACGUUCAUCACUCGCUAUCUAUCUGGUCUUUCAAAUCCCAUCACGAUCCAUACACCCAUUUUCGCAGAUUUGUCUGUCAAUGUUGAUUUUCCAGCUCCAACCAUCAAACCACAUAUCCUUCGAGACGUUACAAUCCGAGACAUGAAAAUCAAGCCGGGAAACACUUUCACUGCGAGUGGUACAGUUUUGGCUCGCGUUGUGCUUCCCAAGGGUAUGAAUGUCGAACUUGAUGUGAAGAGGGUGCUUCCUGAUGUGCUGGUAUUCGACGGUGAGGUUCCCGAAUCAGUCCACCUUCUGGAACCUGCGAGCCUCAGGCCUCCUGCUCCUGCUCCUCCUCCCAGGCGUCCACUCCCAGAUCCUAUACCCGAAAAGGCAUUUGGACAUAUAAGGCCAGAUGAUUGGCUUAUAUCCCGCUGUGUUCGAAUUGAACCCGAGGCAGGGGAAGGAGCUGAGUUCUCUGUUACUGCCCGUAUUGUGGAUGUUCCACUAGAAGUGUUGCCGGGGCGGCGUUCGGAGUUUAGUGAUUUUGUGAGUAAGGUUAUAUUUGGAAGGCAAGGAGCGGUGGCAGGUAUUCUUGGAACCGCAGAUGUUGGCGUGACCGUCAAAGGACUACCACUUGAUAGCCCAGACCAUCGUGACGGAAUGGUGUUGAGUGGAUUGCCGUUCAAAGGGAGUGUGAGGGUCGGUAAGAAGAAUUGA